CCUGGCAUCAGCGGCUGGCGGCCGGGAGACCCGGAGGCAGGCAGCGAGUCAGAGCCCGUUUGGGGGCCAGCCGCCAGUCUAGCCGCUGGCGGGCCAGGCCCGGGCUCGGGCUGGGGCGGCAUGAAGUGUCUGGUCACGGGCGGUAACGUAAAGGUGCUCGGCAAGGCCGUCCACUCCCUGUCCCGUAUCGGGGACGAGCUCUACCUGGAGCCCCUGGAGGACGGGCUCUCCCUUCGGACUGUCAACUCCUCCCGCUCCGCAUAUGCCUGCUUCCUCUUUGCCCCGCUCUUCUUCCAGCAAUACCAGGCGGCCACCCCUGGUCAGGACCCCCUGCGCUGUAAGAUCCUGAUGAAGUCGUUCCUGUCCGUCUUUCGCUCUCUGACAAUGCUGGAGAAGACCGUGGAGAAAUGCUGCAUCUCCCUGAAUAGCAGGAGCAGCCGCCUGGUGGUCCAGCUGCACUGCAAAUAUGGGGUGAGGAAGACUCACAACCUGUCCUUCCAGGACUGCGAGUCCCUGCAGGCUGUCUUCGACCCAGCCUUGUGCCCCCAUGUGCUCCGUGCCCCAGCCAGGGUCCUAGGGGAGGCUGUUCUGCCCUUCCCCCCUGCACUGGCUGAAGUGACGCUGGGCAUUGGCCGUGGCCGCAGGGUCAUCCUGCGUAGCUACCAGGAGGAGGAGGCAGACAGCACCGUCAAAGCCAUGGUGACUGAGAUGAGCAUUGGGGAGGAGGAUUUCCAGCAGCUGCAGGCCCAAGAAGGCGUGGCCAUCACUUUCUGUCUCAAGGAAUUCCGGGGGCUCCUGAGCUUCGCAGAGCCAGCAAACUUGUCUCUUAGCAUUCACUUCGAUGCUCCCGGCAGGCCAGCCAUCUUUGCCGUUGAGGACUCUCUGCUGAACGGCCACUUUGUCCUGGCCACCCUCUCGGAGCCAUACCCGCACUCCCAGGACCUGCGCUCCCCAGAGCCCUGCCGGCCAGCGCCUCAGCUCCAGGCCCACAGCACACCCCACCUGGACGACUUUGCCAAUGACGACAUUGACUCUUAUAUGAUCGCCAUGGAAACCACUGUGGGCAGUGAGGGCUCACGGGCACUGCCCUCCAUCUCACUUUCACCUGGCCUCCAGCCCCCCUGUAGCCUUGGCCCCCACUCAGAGGAGGAAGAUGAAGCUGAGCCCAGUACAGUGCCUGGGACUCCCCCACCCAAGAAGUUCCGCUCCCUGUUCUUUGGCUCCAUCCUUGCCCCUGCAUACUCCCCCCAGGGCCCCAGCCCUGUGCUGGCGGAAGACAGUGAGGGCGAAGGCUGAACUGACCUCCUCAAGUCUGUGUCGAGGCCCUGGACUAGAUGCAGCCAGCCUCCCCCUUCCCGCAGCACCGGCCAGGGGCAGGGUGGGGUUGCCACCUUAGUGGGUGGUAAAGGUGGGCUGUGCUGGAGCUCCGCUGGCUGGCCCUGCCGUCUCCUCAGGCCCCACCCGGCUAUCAGCGACUGGCCUGGGUCCUGUCAUCGCCCUCCAACCCCCAACCAAUCAUGUGUGUUCCCAGGCUUGGCGCUGAGCUGCCAUCCGAUGGGAAGUCCCUUGCUUCUUACUCCAACCAUGUGGCCCGGGCUAGGACCCCUGCGUUCCUCAAGCCUACCUCCCUAAGAAAAAAAUCACAGUGGGGCUGCUGGCCCCUGCUGAUCCACUUUCUCUGCCAAUCAUGACCUGUCCCUCCUUUCAAUUCUGGGCACACCUCUGUGAUCUGCUGUGGCUGGCACAGACUUGUUUUUUUCCUGAUAUUCUUUGGCCCUGGCUUGGAAUUCUGAGAGCCCCUGUGGACCUGAAUUUGUGGCUGGGAUUGCCCUGGCUAGGGCCUCUUGCCCAGUAAG